AUGGCUUACCGUUUCGGUAGAAGCAACUGGCAAGACUCUGAUCGUCUGAACUUGAUGAAAGUUUGUUUGAAACAUGCAUCUUGGAAUGAAAGACUGAUGGAACUGAGGACUAUCUAUGCGGAAGAAAAGUAUCACCCUGCAUAUUUUACAGAACAUGCAUGUCGCGAUGAACUCGAACGAAUUAUAGCGCUACCAACGCCGAACGUUCGUAUUGAAGUGUCACCAACGUUUUCGUACAGCAGAAAGCUUAUAAUGACCAAAUGGGCUGAGUACUUUGAAUCUGAAGUAAACAAGAAAAAAAGUGCGCAAACUGAGCUCAGUAUGGUACAAGUUAGGAACAAUUUGCGAUUAAUGCAGGAGGCGAUGGAUCCGAAUGUAUCUGAGGAGAGAAAAGCAGAAAUUCUCGAUAUGCUCCUACUUGAAGUUGAAGAUCAAAAAGAUGAUGGCUCCUUCAGAAGAAUAGUUGGGUCGCUGACUACCGCAAUGGAGGAUAUUUUGUUAGAUUACGAUGAAGAAUCUAAUUUUAAAACACUUGUGUUACCACCGACAAAAGAACCUGACGAGAAUAUGGAAGAUGGAACUAGAGGAUAUCUGACUCCUACUCAUUCAGCUUCCUCAUUUGAUAUGAGUUUCUUCUCUCCACCACCGCCUCCAACGCCACAAAAACCCAUGCGUACUAUGCCUGAAGCUCUUCGUGACGCUGUUCCGCUUGCUGACCCUGAGCCGGAAGAUGUCGUAAUUGUUCCUCCUAUUGCGGAUUUACCAGAUAAUAUUCUGGAACCAGCGACAACGCCGCCUAGAAGAGGGCUGAAUGCUGGGCAAGUAGAAGAUAAAGAGGGCUUAGCGGAUAAAGUUGAAGCCGAAAGAGAUGUAGGAAGCGUUGAAGACAGAAAAGCGGAACGAGAUGAAGAAUUACCAGGAAAAGAAGAAAAAGAAGUGGAACCAGAGCAAGAAGAAGUUCAAGAGCAGAAAGAGAAAAAAGAUGAUACUGAGGAUGACAAGAAUAACGUACAAGAUGAAGAUGAAGACGAAGAAAUCUUAGACCAACCAACUCCUUCGAAAAAAGAAGUUAUUCCAGCGCAACCAAUUACCGAGUCUGAGGUUUCGCAGAAAGUUCAUCAAAGUGAUAGACCGCCUUCACCGAUGGAUGUAGAUAUGAAAGAUAUAAAAGAAGAAACGGAAGCUCAAUCCCCAUCAGAUGAAUCUCCAUCUGAGCAAAUCGUUUCUACACCUUCAAGUUCCUUGCGUUCUCGUGGUCGCCCAAGACUGCAGUCAAACGCAAGCUCCACCUCGACAUCGAAUAACACAAAGAAAUCCGAAAAAGCGGAAGCUUCAAGAGAUGAAACUCCAGAAGCGCAACUUUCUCAAGGCAAGAGGCGUGCACAAGACAGAUCACAAGAACCCUCCACUAGCAGUUCUGCCAAAAAGUCUAGAAGAGGGUCAGUACUUCCAAUAAGCAGCCGUAAACAAUCAAAAGACGGAGAAGAACCAUCAUUAAUUGAAGUGUUUCGUCAGGGAGUGCAAACUGAUAUUGUUAUCCGUAGAGCUGUUUCUGCUACUUUGAAUCGUAAAAGAGCCCCUCAAGCUACUGAAGAUCCAAAGCGUUCGGCGUCGAGUGCUUCAUCUACAACCCCAAUGAGAACAACAUCGCCUACAGGACAUCCAGCAAGAAACAGUUCUGUCGGUGGUUAUGCGUUUUCAGAUGUUGGAGUUCAGACUAACCUGAGAAUUGAGAUAGAAAAACAUGAAGUUAUCGAAUUGAGAGUAGAAUCGUGUCAAUCCUUCCGUUCUAUGCAAAUUGACAGUAAGAACCCAAUCAUUGUUAAUAUGGAAACUUGUAACGAAAUUGACAUGGAGAACGCUAGACUUCAUGAGAAUAACGACGAUAUGGGAAAACGUCCGUCAAAGGCGGAUGGAAGACGCGAAAUUACGUUUAUUAUUGACUCAGAUGAUGCUACUGGACAACAACUCAUCGAUGAAAAAUCAUUCCAAAAAGCUUCGAUGGCCUUCGAUGUUCCUGCUGGUUUGUCUCCAAUCAAGCGUAGAGAUAGGAACAAGGUGGAGAGCAUGAAGGUCAAGUUACUCGCAUUGCAUCGUAUCAUUUAUGAUUGUGAAUGGGCGGAGGCAUUCAAAAGGCCUGUGCCUACAACUGAAGCAAAGUACGCUAUUGGAGUGCUGGACCGUGUCGAUCUGAGUUUGAUAAAAAGAGAAAUUGAUUCCGGAAAGAUUAAUAAUAUCCCGCUCUUCUUACUGCGAUGUUAUCGUAUGCUUUCGAAUGCUGUGAUGUUUAAUGGCUAUGAUCAUGAUGUUUGCAUUCAAGCUAAAAACAUUGCCAAAGACAUUAUGCCGACUAUUGGAGUCGAGCAAGCAGAAGAAAAACGCUUCGAUAAUAUGAGCCCAUCCGCUGGACCCAGUGAAGAACGUGACGUUCCCUCGAGCAGACCAUCAAUGGAACUAGAUUCCUCCUCAACAAUAAAUGACUCUGAAUCUUCCGGAAUGAAUAGUUCAAGACUUCAAAACGUUGAAGGAGCUGUAUUGGCCAGUGGGGGCCCAACCCCUACUAGCACAACACAAUCCGAAAUGGACGAUCUUCAAUUUGAGGACACAGGAAACUUACCGUUGCCUAGCACAAUGCAGCAACAUCUCCAAAUGAAACUCGGCAAGGCUACCGAUAUACAAAAGACUCCAUCUCGUGGUGGUCUUGGAAUGAUAGUUAACGAAUCGAAAACGCCAGGAGCCAGAUCACUUCAGAGUUUGACAUCUGCUCGGAAGGCAACGUCGUCAGUUAUGAAAAAAACUGUUCCAACCAACAUUGGAUUCGAGAUUUUCCAAGAUGAACAAGAGGAUAUUGUUAUGGAAGAACAACAACCGCUAAAACAAAAAGAGAUCGAAAAAACGCCAUGCUCGCCAAUCGACACUGUUGACCGAUACCAGAAAUCAGAUUCUUUAUGUGAUAUUAUUGCUGACGAUAUGCUCAAUUGGUCAGAUCAAGAUGUUGUUCUUUUCGACGAGGAGCCUCGUAGUGAUUUCAUCGAUCCGAAGGUUGUCGAAGCAGAAGAAAUGGCAAAACUUGGAGUGGAAGAAUGGGAUGAGUAUCCACCCAUUGAUACUGCUUCUAGAAUUGCCGAUGACUUCAAUUACCCGAUUAGUUUGGAUGAGUUCAAAUAUGAGCCUGAUGUCGAGUUGGAAGAGGGAGACUAUCCACCCAUUACUAAUGCACAAGAAAUUGAAUGGAAUCCUGAAGAAUGGAAGAAAAUUUCUGAUCGUUUAAUGGAAUCGUCUUAUGACGUUUAUGAUCUGAUUGCUGAAGAAGCAGCAAUUGCUGAAGACGCAGCUAUUCCUAUCUGA